CAGAGGCUGCGGCGGCCGCAGCAGCAGCGGGAGGCGGAGGGAGCAGCGCGCCGCCCCCCGCCCGCGGUUAGCCCAGCUCGGAGCCGUGCCCGCGUGGAUGGGAUGGAAGCAGGACCCUCGGGAGCAGCCGCAGGCACUUACCUGCCACCCUUGCAGCAGGUAUUUCAAGCACCACGUCGGCCUGGGAUAGGAACCGUAGGGAAGCCUAUCAAGCUCUUGGCCAACUAUUUUGAAGUGGACAUUCCCAAGAUCGACGUGUAUCACUAUGAAGUGGAUAUCAAGCCCGAUAAAUGUCCACGCAGAGUCAACAGGGAGGUUGUGGAAUACAUGGUGCAGCACUUCAAACCUCAGAUCUUUGGAGAUCGGAAGCCGGUGUACGACGGGAAAAAGAAUAUCUACACCGUCACUGCCCUGCCCAUUGGAAACGAACGGGUUGACUUUGAGGUAACAAUCCCAGGGGAAGGCAAAGACCGGAUAUUUAAGGUCUCCAUCAAGUGGAUGGCGAUUGUGAGCUGGCGGAUGCUCCAUGAGGCCUUGGUGAGCGGGCAGAUCCCCGUCCCGCUGGAAUCUGUCCAGGCGCUAGAUGUUGCCAUGAGACACCUGGCGUCAAUGAGGUACACCCCUGUGGGUCGUUCCUUCUUCUCCCCUCCUGAAGGUUACUACCACCCUCUGGGAGGGGGCAGGGAAGUUUGGUUUGGGUUCCACCAGUCGGUCCGGCCUGCCAUGUGGAAGAUGAUGCUCAACAUUGAUGUGUCGGCGACAGCCUUCUACAAAGCCCAGCCCGUGAUCGAGUUCAUGUGCGAAGUGCUGGAUAUCCGGAACAUCGACGAGCAGCCGAAGCCCCUCACGGACUCGCAGAGGGUGCGCUUCACCAAGGAGAUCAAAGGUUUGAAAGUAGAGGUGACCCACUGUGGGCAGAUGAAGAGGAAAUACCGAGUGUGUAACGUUACCAGGCGACCAGCCAGUCACCAGACGUUCCCCCUGCAGCUGGAAAGUGGGCAGACAGUGGAGUGUACAGUGGCUCAGUACUUCAAGCAGAAAUACAACCUGCAGCUGAAAUACCCCCACCUGCCAUGCCUGCAGGUCGGCCAGGAACAGAAGCACACGUAUUUGCCCUUGGAGGUGUGUAACAUUGUGGCAGGCCAGCGGUGCAUCAAGAAGCUAACAGACAAUCAGACAUCAACCAUGAUAAAAGCAACGGCGAGAUCUGCCCCGGAUAGACAAGAGGAAAUCAGCCGACUGAUGAAGAAUGCCAGUUACAACCUGGAUCCGUACAUACAGGAGUUUGGGAUAAAGGUGAAGGACGACAUGACGGAAGUGACGGGGAGGGUCCUUCCAGCACCAAUCUUACAGUACGGAGGCCGGAACCGGGCGAUUGCCACUCCCAACCAGGGCGUGUGGGACAUGCGGGGAAAACAGUUCUACAACGGGAUCGAGAUCAAAGUCUGGGCUAUCGCCUGCUUUGCCCCCCAGAAGCAGUGUCGAGAGGAGGUGCUGAAGAACUUCACAGACCAGCUGCGCAAGAUUUCGAAGGAUGCAGGGAUGCCCAUCCAAGGCCAGCCAUGUUUCUGCAAAUAUGCACAGGGUGCGGACAGCGUGGAGCCGAUGUUCCGACACCUUAAAAACACCUACUCUGGGCUCCAGCUCAUCAUCGUCAUCCUGCCAGGGAAAACACCUGUGUAUGCGGAGGUGAAGCGUGUUGGAGACACGCUCCUGGGGAUGGCCACGCAGUGCGUUCAGGUCAAGAAUGUGGUGAAAACCUCCCCGCAAACCCUCUCCAACCUCUGCCUCAAAAUCAACGUCAAACUGGGCGGGAUCAACAACAUCCUCGUGCCUCACCAGCGCUCGGCCGUCUUUCAGCAGCCAGUGAUCUUCCUGGGUGCCGAUGUCACCCACCCACCGGCAGGGGAUGGGAAGAAGCCUUCCAUAACGGCUGUUGUGGGCAGCAUGGAUGCCCACCCGAGCCGUUACUGUGCCACGGUACGGGUCCAGCGCCCUCGGCAGGAGAUCAUUGAGGACCUGUCCUACAUGGUGAGGGAGCUGCUCAUUCAGUUCUACAAGUCCACCCGCUUCAAACCCACCAGGAUCAUCUUCUACCGGGACGGGGUUCCAGAGGGGCAGCUCCCGCAGAUUCUUCACUAUGAGCUGCUGGCAAUCCGAGACGCCUGCAUCAAACUGGAGAAGGAUUAUCAGCCCGGCAUCACAUACAUAGUUGUCCAGAAACGGCACCACACCCGCCUCUUCUGUGCGGAUAAGAACGAAAGGAUUGGCAAGAGCGGGAACAUCCCGGCUGGAACAACUGUGGAUACGAACAUCACCCACCCGUUCGAGUUUGACUUCUACCUGUGCAGUCAUGCAGGCAUUCAGGGUACGAGCAGACCUUCCCAUUACUACGUCCUCUGGGACGACAACCGGUUUACAGCAGAUGAGCUGCAGAUCCUUACGUACCAGCUCUGCCACACCUACGUGCGCUGCACCCGCUCAGUCUCCAUCCCAGCACCAGCAUAUUAUGCCAGAUUGGUGGCGUUCAGGGCGCGGUACCACCUUGUGGACAAAGAGCAUGACAGCGGAGAGGGCAGCCAUAUAUCUGGACAGAGCAACGGCAGAGACCCGCAGGCCCUGGCAAAGGCUGUGCAAGUUCAUCAGGACACUUUACGUACCAUGUACUUUGCUUGAAAGCCUAACUUUUCUUACCUCACUCAAGAAAGCUUUCAGAUUUGUAGGAGCCAUACAAAAAAGGAAGCAUUGAGACACCUUGUUUGUUCCAAUGAGAAUCACUGCAGGGCAGGCAGCGUCGCUUGAGGCAGGAGACCAACACCACGUGCGGAAGGAGAGAGACCAGACCCCUUCGUAGUAUGGGAAGAGACUGAUUAUUUUUCUGGUUUUGCAAAUCUUCACCUGACCAAACCAGUGAAGGUGUUUAAAGAAGGGAUAAAACGGAAACAGAAGCAGGUUUUCAUUUUAAAAUGCAAUACACUAUAGACUUCUGACUGCAAAACAAAGGAAUUGGUCCUCCAUUGCCAAACAGAUGCUGGUUGGUAUUUUGGGGGUGGGGUGGGGGGAUUUUUAGAGCCUUAAACAGAAGACUAGAUUUAUAAACUAAUAUUUUAGGAUACAAGAUGCUUUAAUGGGUUAAGGAAAAAAACUAGUUUAUAGAAAAAUUCUAACACUAACCUUUGCCCCCAGUGUAAUGUAAGGCAGCCUAGCACUUAGCUCCGAACUGAUGAAAUCUGUCUUCCUUAUGGUAAAAGCUAGUUAGCUGCUUCCAUUUGAAGCAACAGUCACAGACUUUUCCUUGGGUGAGUGCCUUACUACGAUGCUGCAAAAUUUCAACGUUUUUAUCUUGUAAGGAAAAAAUAUAGGACUCUUGUCUUGGUGGUGGUCCAUAUUUCCAUCCAAAGGAGUUGAUUUUAUAUUCAUAAAGUUACAGUUGGUGUUAGAUCGCAACCUCACAAUGGUUAAACUCCAUUGAAAGACGUGCACUUUCAUAUAGGACAAGUUGAAUAGCUGCUGACCCGUUUUUGUUUCCAGUGUACUACUUUGUUAUUUAAAACUGCAUUUCUGACAAAUGGGGGCAUUCAUCCCAUGAGGACAGAAAUCUCCAGAUUAGUGUAUUUUUUUUCCUGAAUUUCUAUAAUGAUGGACACGUCGGGAUUUUUUUUUACUAAGCAUUAUUUUUAUAUGAUAUGAAGUCUGUUGCCAAAAUUCACAAGUCAUUAACAUUGUCAGAGUUUACAUCACUGCACUUCCUGAGACUUUGUAUGUUCAUGCCAGAGAUUGAUAGUAUUUCCUGUCCAAUGAGUGUAUUACUAACUGCAGUCCAUGGAGCUGUGGGGUAUUCCUUUGUUAUGUUCUAGUGCAGGGGUAGGCAACCUAUGGCACGCGUGCCGAAGGCGGCACACGAGCUGAUUUUCAGCGGCACUCACACUGCCUGGGUCCUGGCCACUAGUCUGGGGGGCUCU